GAGUGUUCCUGCUGGAGCGACUCUCGGAGAGGACAGAAAGCUGUGCGCUCCGCUCCAGGACUCAGCGCCUCCUCUUCCUCUCUGCGGCUUUUUCACUUCACGCGCUCCGGUCCCGCAGAAGCUUUGACCCCCCCCUCACAGCCUCGGUAACUUUCUAAGACUUCGCCACCCCGUCUCACAGUUUGCUCCUGGAGUUUGUCGGGCAGGUGGGAUGAUGGUGAGCGGUCCUGCGCGGCUCUCGGAGCUGCUGUGGCCGCUUUUAGUGACCUGCUGCUGGCGCCUCGCCUCGGCCCAGGAGCUGCCCACCAACGGGGUGAACGGAUACAGCCUCCACCCGCCCUACUUUAACCUGGCGGAGGGCACGAAGAUCACCGCCACGGCGACCUGCGGGGAGGACGAAACCGGCAGGAGCGUCCAGGACCUGUACUGCAAGCUGGUCGGGGGCCCGGUGUCCGGAGACCCGAGCCAGACCAUCCAGGGGCAGUACUGCGACAUCUGCAGCCAGGGCCACAGCGACCGCGCCCAUCCCAUCACCAACGCCAUCGACGGGACGGAGCGAUGGUGGCAGAGCCCGCCGCUGUCCCGCAGCACUGAGUUCAACAGGGUGAACGUCACGCUGGACCUCGGACAGGUAGGUCUGCUCCCUGUGUCGGCUGCUCUUCUUCUUCUGUGGUGCCGAAUGUUUCCAGAGCUCUGUCCUUCUGUCCUCAGGAGAGCUGGAACGUUUCAGUUCCCCUUCCUCUGGUCUCCGCUCCCAGAACGUGAAGACGACGUGAAGAUGGUUUUUCGUGGCGUACCUGCCGACUCAGCCUCCAAGAGAGACUGCAUCGAGCGUUUUGGACAGAGCACCAUUGAGAGGAUCAGCCACGAUGAUGACAUCGUCUGCACCACCGAGUAUUCACGCAUCGUGCCGCUGGAGAAUGGAGAGAUCGUCGUGUCUUUGGUGAACGGCCGUCCCGGGGCGAUGAACUUCUCGUACUCGCCAGUACUGAGGGAGUUCACCAAGGCCACAAACAUCAGGCUCCGCUUCCUGAGAACCAACACGCUGCUGGGUCACCUGAUGGGCAAGGCGCUCCGCGACCCCACCGUCACCCGCAGGUAUUACUACAGCAUCAAAGACAUCAGUAUCGGAGGACGCUGUGUGUGCAACGGGCAUGCUGAGGCCUGCAACGCCAAAGACCCCAGCAACCCCUACAAGUUGCAGUGCGACUGUCAGCAUCACACCUGCGGCGUAUCUUGUGACCAGUGUUGCCCUGGAUACCACCAGUUGGCAUGGAAACCAGCCACGACCUACAGUGCCAACGAGUGUGAACAUAACGGAGAGCAGAGGUCCAGACGGACUCUCAGCGAGCGCUUAUCUGCCUCUCGGCGUCCGGGGCGGUGCUGGCUGAACAAACCAGCACUCCUCAUCCUGCAGGUUCCUCUGAGCCGGGAGCGUCUGUCUCCACAGAAACCGCUCGCAGUUCUUAAAGAGACCCUGAAAACCAGAGCAGGCUCACAGCACGCCGCUGUGGUUACACAACCUGACCUCUGCUGUCUCUGCCCCACAGCCAGCCCCACACACCCCACCACCAUCAACGGGGAGGCCCGACCAGCAGGAGAGAUCAUCAACUGCGAGUGCAGCGCAGCAGGAACCGUGGAGAACUCGUGCAGGGCCGACCCUCGGACCGGGACCUGCAUCUGCAAACCGGGUUUCACCGGAGACCACUGCGACGCCUGCGCGCCGGGCUUCUACGGGCUCAACUGUGAGGCCUGUCAGUGUGCAGGGCCUGGCUGCCUGGACGGGUCAUGUGACGAGGUCACCGGUCACGGCGUGUGUCGCAGCGGGUUCCUGGGUCCUCAGUGCGAUCGGUGUGCUCCGGGCUACUUCAGCUACCCGCUGUGCCAGCUGUGUGGAUGCAGCUCGCUCGGCUCUCUCCCUGAAGGCUGCGACGCCGCCGGGCGCUGUCUGUGCAGACCGGAGUUCCAGGGUCCUCGAUGUGAGCAGUGCAGAUCUGGAUUCCACUCCUACCCCGACUGUAAAGAUGGGAACAACACCUCGGUUGAGGCACCGCCCCUGAUCUCCACGCAGCGUUGUCGAGGCGUGUCAGCCAGGACGGCCGACGACAUCCAGAGGCUUCAGGCUCUCAGGGCGAACCUCACCCCCCGCGGGCGCUGCACUGGACGCUGCCAUCCUGCCGGCUCUGUUCAGACCACCAUAGCGCCUCCUCUGGGCCGCUGUGAGUGCCGUCUCCACGUGGGGGGCCUGGCCUGUGACACCUGCAAACCUCUGUACUGGAACCUGUCGCCGGACACACCUGAAGGCUGCUCCAGUAAGACACACACACACACACGUUCAGCUAUCUUAUGCGGCGAGAGGAGCGGCCACUGUCGCUGCAGACCCAACGUGGAGGGGCCAAAGUGUAACCUACCUCGUCCGGAUCACUACUUCCCGGACCUCCAUCACCUGAAGUUUGAGAUUGAGGAGGGAAGCAUGCUGGACGGCCGGCCGGUGAGAUUCGGCUACAACCCCCAAGAGUUCCCCAACUUCAGCUGGAGAGGUUAUGCUCAGAUGUCCCCGAUUCAGUCAAAGGUGUCGGUGUCGGUGUCGGUCGACUCUCCGGACGUCUUCUUUGUGGUGCUGCGUUAUGUUAACCGGCGAGGUUCGGAUGUUUGGGGCCGGAUGACGGUCGUGGAGGACGGCCGGAGCCACCACUGCGGGAACUGCUCCGAACAGUCCAAGCCGAUCGUCUUCGCUCCCAGCGCGGAGCCGACCUUCGUCAACGUCCCCUUUGUGGAGCCCUUCGUGCUGAACCCGGGAACCUGGACCGUGGUGAUCGAGGCGGAGGGAGUCCUGCUGGACUACCUGGUGCUGUUGCCCAGCGCCUACUACGAAGCGCCGGUCCUGCAGAUCAGAGUGAGCGAGCCCUGCACCUACAGCCCCGCCCCCGACGCCAGCCAGAACUGUCUGCUCUACAAGUACCUGUCUCUGGACUCCUUCCCCUCCAUCUCGGGCAACGACGCCAGCUGCCGCAACGACAACCACCUGCCCCGCCCCUGCCCGACCGAGAAGGUUUCCCCGCGUCACCCCGACAUGGCCGUCUGCAGCGGUUUGGAUAUCAGCGUCGAGCUGCGAGGGCGCCUCUCGUCUCCGGGCGACUACUUCAUCCUCCACUACCACCAGCCUCUGCACCCCACCUACCCCGUACAGGUCUUCAUUAACGGGGGGCGGAUCUGGCAGGGACACGUCAACGCCUCGUUCUGUCCUCACGCUUACGGCUGCCGUGACGUCCUGGUGUCGGAGAAUCAGAUCAUUCUGGAUGUGACGGACCACGAGCUACUCGUCACGGUGCAGAUACCUGCGGGGAAGACGCUGUGGCUGGAUUACCUGCUGGUUGUUCCUGAGUCGAGCUACAGCUCCAGCUACCUGAGCGAGGAGCCGCUGGACAAAUCCUACGACUUCAUCAGACUCUGCGGUCAAAACAGCUUUUACAUCAGUCCCUCCUCCUCGCCGUUCUGCCUCAGCUCGGCCAUAUCUCUGUCGGCCUUCGUCAACAACGGCGCGCUGCCCUGUGCCUGCCACGAAGUCGGAGCUGAGAGCGACACCUGCGAACGCUUUGGCGGUCAGUGUCGCUGCAGGCCCAACGUGAUUGGACGAGACUGCUCCAUGUGCUCCACGGGUUACUGGGGAUUCCCCAACUGCAGACUCGUCUUUAAGCAGACGAGUGCCGACAUCACCGACGUGCCCGAUGUUUAUCAGGAGCUGUACUGGCACGCUCCGAACACUUACCUGGGAGACAAGGUCUCCUCCUACGGAGGCUAUCUCAGGUACCGUCUGCACACCCAGACCAUGAGAGGAGACGUGCUGCCUCUGCCCGCUGAGGCCCCGAAACCCGACAUCAUCCUCAAGGGUAACCAGAUGACCCUGGUGUUCAUGGAGAGAGAGUACUCGUCCCCUGAGGAGCCUCACCUGGGCAUCGUCCACAUCGUUGAGGGAAGUUUCCGUCACUUUCGGACCGGUAACCCGGUGUCCCGAGAGGAGCUGAUGAUGGUUCUGGUCGGGCUGGAGUCUCUGCAGAUCCGAGCCCUGCACUCCCAGUCAGCCCAGUCCGUGUCGCUGCGUGGCGCCGUGCUAGAGGGUGCCGAGAGCCUGCCUGUUGGACGCCACGCCAACAAUGUGGAAAUCUGCUUGUGUCCCGCCAACUACCUGGGAGACUCGUGCCAGAAAUGUGCUCCGGGGUACUACCGAGACACCAUCGGCCUGUUCCUGGGGAAGUGCGUUCCCUGUAGCUGUAACGGACACUCGGACCAGUGUUUGGACGGAUCUGGGAUCUGUGUGAACUGCCGGCACAACACGGCCGGCGACCACUGUGAGACGUGCCAGGGGGGGUUCCUAGGUAACAACAGCGUGGAUGGUCAGGCCGUGACGUGCUCCAGCUGCCCCUGCCCGCUGAGAGCUCCAUCCAACAAUUUUGCGGAGGGCUGCGUGCAGAGAGGUGACAGCAUGCAGUGUCGCUGUAUGCCCGGCUACGCCGGACCGAACUGCGAAAGCCGCCAUGUUAUUGGUCAGAUGAUGUCAUUAAAGGCUCUGACGGCACAGAGAGAGUGCGACUGCAGAGGAGGACACUGCGACCCGCGCACAGGAGAGUGUCGCUGUCCCGACGGGAUGACGGGCCGACAGUGUGACGGCUGUUUGCAGAGGUACAGCGUCCCGACGGAGGACCGGCACGGCGUCCACUGCGAGCUGUGCGACAGCUGCGUCGUCGUGCUGCUGGAGGAUCUGGAGAAGCUCGACAACGACUUCCUGUCGGCGUCGGCUCGGCUGAGGAGCCUGAACGCCAGCUCCGUGGCCCGGGCUCAGCUGCAGAGCCUCGACAAGUCCAUGGAGGACGCCGCUCGGGCCAUUGAGGACUACAACAACACACUGCAAGACAGCCUGAGUCGCACCGACAUGCUGGAGGCGGAAAUCAGCACCAUCAGUGAGGACAUCGAGGAGCUGCAGAACAAAGUGAGGAGCGAGCGCACACACACACACGAUUGUUCCGAUGGUCCAGAUCCACACUUUGGCAGCGCCUCCUGUAAAGGCCCGUUUGUGUUUGAGCUGACAGGACGCCCGUCUGUGUCUCGUGUUCUCGUAGUGUUGGAUCGGGUCAGCAGGCAGCUGGUGGACCGUCAGGAGGAAAACGACAACCUAACUCGAUCCAUCAGUGACCGUCUCUCCCGCCUCCACGCUGACACGAUGGACCUCCGAGACGCCCUGAAUGAGGCUGUGAACAACACGGCGAGAGCUGCCGAGAUCAACAACGCCAACGAGAAAAGCCUGGACGACCACAACAGGAGGGUGGUGGACCUGCAGAUAAAGUCGACCGAGGUGAGAAAACAGCUGAACGUGUCUGCAGAUCACCUUCAUCAAGUCAACAACGACGUGUGGUCCAUGGUGCAGAACUCCAAAGAGGAGUACGAGCACCUGGCAGCUCAGUUGGAUGGCGCCCGGAUGCUGCUGGCCCAAAAGGUUCAGAAUUUGUCUCAGACUAACUCUAAAAUCCCGCUGGUGGAGAAGGCGGAGAAGCACGCUGAGCUCCUCGGCGCCCUGGCCAUGAACCUGUCCAGUUUGAUCGCAGAAACAAAGAAGGACGGAUUCAUAGACGUAACGCAGGCGUACAACAAGAUCGUCGUCAGCAUCGAGGAGGCCGAGGAGGCCGCCAAGAUGGCCAGCGAGGCUGCCAACAGCACAUUAGAGGUCGCUGAGCCCUCCAAAGGUUAUUCUGGGGUUCUGUUUGAGCUGCACAUCUCAGAUUUGCACAGGCUGGGUGAAGCUAUUCCUGAACUCUUGAAGAGGCUGGGCGACCUGCAGAAUUACUCUGUUCAGAUGCCAAACAUCUCCGAGAACAUCAACCGCAUCCGACAGCUCAUAGAGCAGGCGCGCAAUGCUGCCAACAAGGUGAGCGUGUCCAUGAAGUUUAAUGGGAAAUCAGGCGUUCAGGUGCGUACGCCGCCUAACCUGGCUGACCUGGCUGCUUACACCUCCAUGAAGCUCCACAUCAAGCUGCCGGACGCAGUGCGGACGCGGCGACAGGAUGCUUCCAACAGUCAGUUUGUGUUUUACCUCGGCAACAAGAACCCGAGUCAGGAGUUCCUGGGCAUGGCGUUGGUGGGGAAACAGCUGCACUGGUACUUCAACGUUGGAGGAGGAACUGCAGAUGUGAUGAUGACAAACGACAUCCAGUCCAAAGGAAGAUUCAGCACCGUCUUGCUGGAGAGGAUCCUGCAGCACGGUCUGAUGUCCGUAUCUAUGGACACCACAACCACCAAACACUCUAACAAGGCUGAAGGAGAUCAGGGGCUCCUCAAACUCUCGGCCAAUGACACCGUCUUCUAUGUGGGAGGAUAUCCGAAUACUUUCACACCACCUGAAGUGCUCGCGCUGCCCAACUUUAAGGGCUGCAUUGAGCUGGACUAUCUGAACGAGGAGGUGAUCAGUCUCUACAACUUUGUGGACGUCUUCAAUCUCAACACCACGGUGGACAUACCGUGUGCCAGGAUGAGAGCCACCUCUGAGCCCUGGGUCAGUGAUGGAGCGUACUUUGAUGGCACCGGCUAUGCAAAGUUUAAUUUUUCUCAGUCAGAUAGAGGUUACGUCGUGCAACAGGAAAUCAAGCUGCUGUCGCAGAACGGGAUCCUGCUGAUGAUGCAGAAUGAGAAAAAUCAGUUUGUGUGUGUGGCGGUGCUUCGUGGCCAGGUCAGGCUCUUCUAUAAUAUUAACGGUUCUCUGGUGGACGUCGAGCCCGUGGCUCCGCCUGAACUCUUGCAGAUGAGCAACGGCGAGUCCAACAGUCUGGAUCUCAUCGUCUGGCGUGAACUACUUAUGGUGAGGAACAACCAAAAAGAAACCAUCAAGACUACCAUAAAAGGCAUGCCUCAAUUUGACAACAGCUGUUACCUGGGUGGAGUGCCAAAGGACAAGAUGCCUGAGCUGUUAAAGGACAAGUUUCCUAAGACGGGCUCUGUGAAGGCCUGUAUCAGGAACCUGAAGGAAAGAACACAGUAUAUCAGCCUGAAGAAGGUGGAGACCUAUGGGGUCAGCUUUGGCUGCCAUGACAACCUGCUGUUGGCUCGUGAGGGUUAUUUCCCAGGUCAGGGCUACCUGAACUUUAAUGUGACGGAUGCUUCUAGUAUCAUGAACAACUUCUUUGCCGGCCUUGGCUUCAGAACUGAGAAGACCGAUGGACUCAUGUUCUUCCACAAAAACCAGGAGGACGUCUGUCAGGUGUUUUUGCAGAAAGGCCACGUCGUGGUGCAAGCUGGCAACAAGGCGAUUAAAACGCAGAAGACGUACAACGAUGACAUCAGUCAUUAUGUCACCAUAUACAACAAUGUGAAGGGGAUACGUCUGUACGUGGAUGACGUGCUGGAGACAUCGACUCAGACCACAGUGAACCCAACAAUGAAAACUGUCUUGUCCACGAUGGGAAACACCUUCCUGGGAGGAAUGCCCGAAGGCCCGAACAACCUAAACGGAUGCAUUACUAAUGUUUUCAUCAACAGGAAAACGCAGGCGGUUUUGAACUUGCUGAAAGCCACUGACAAUGUAGAUGUUUCUAUGAAGUGUCCUGCUGCUAAACAGCCUCAGCAGAUCAUUGCUGCUCAACCAAAACACAGCAACAAGGGGAAGCUGAAGAAGCCGUCAGGAUCUCGCAGUCGUAAUACUAGGGACUCGUGUCAGGGUGAGCUGUCACACCACGAGAGGGGAGCGACGCACUUCAGUGGCUCCACCCACAGCUUCCAGAGAUACGACAUCCUGCCCAGUUCGUUCGGCUCCACGCCUCACAUCUCCAUGCUGUUGAGGAUCAACUCAUCUGACGGGCUGGUGCUGAGCGCCACCAGCAGGCAGCGAGGAGGAGGCGCGAUGACGCUCAGAGUCUCAAACGGCCACCUGCUGCUUCAGUUUGGGAAAAAGUUUAACCUACGCAGCUACAGGAAGUACAACGACGACCAGUGGCACACGGUGUUCAUAAAGCUUGAAGGGCAGAAGAUGAGUCUGAUUGUGGACGGUAUCAGUGUUCAGUCCAACAGGAUAUCUGGACGAGACCGGACUCGUCUCACCGCACCUUUAUACGCAGGAGGAGUCCCUGCUUCUGUGGCGGCUCCGGGUUCUUCCGGGUUUGUGGGGUGCAUCCGGGAUCUGAUGCUGAACGGAGCCCCUGCAGGAGACCCCGCUCAAAGCCAGGGGACAGUGCCCUGCUUCGCGACCCCUCUGCAGCCCGGAGCCUACUUUUCUGGACGGGGAGGACACAUCAUGAUCGAUGAGUCCUUGGCUCUGAGUCGGGAUCUGGAGAUCCAGCUCGAAGUUCGACCCAUCGUGGACUCUGGGCUGCUGUUGCAUGCUGGGACAUCGUCUGACCACCACCUGAGCUUAAUUCUCAUCCAAGGAAAGGUGACCGUUUCGGUGAACGGCGGGAAAGGAGAGACCUCUGCAUCGUUCAUUCCCGAAGAGCCGCUGUGCGACGGCCGCUGGCACGCCAUCUCAGUGGUGAAGAAGAACAACGUCCUGCAGCUGCACGUGGACGGAGCCAGCGAGCGUGCCGUCGGUCCCAAAAAGGGCCGCUCCACGGGGCCCAAGGAGGCGGUCUACCUCGGAGGCGUGCCAGGUGGCGUCACUGUACCCGGUCUACCCGCUGGGCUGGUGUCCUUCCACGGCUGCGUCCGCCGGGCGAGCAUCAACAACAGAGCGGCGCCGCUGUCAAAGCCGCUCGCUGUGCACGGCGCCGUGGGAACGCGCGGCUGCCCACAUGUUUAACCCCACCCCCUCAUAUCUUACCUUCACACUCCCUGAGUACACAUCAGCACCGGUGGUGGGCGUCACAUUACUGUAGCUAAUUUAAAAUAUCCGAGUAUUUAUUUUUUAAGAAAUGUGUAUUUUAUAUUUUUCCCCGUUUGGUGCUGCAGAGACGGAACGAUGAUGUCAUCGAGCGGCACGGUAAAGCCAAGUUCGAUCAUCUUUGCACGCUUCUUCUAAAUCAUCCAGCAAACCGUCGUGUAAUCGUGCGUCUGCUGCAGACGCCGACUCUAAACGCUGAUCAGUGAGCACAGACUGUACGUGGAAGAUGGACGCAGCUGCUUCCUCUGCGACUCGGUGUCGGUAACCUCAACGGUGAUCCUUUGAUUCAAUCACUGCACUCAGAUCAGCUCAGCAGAGGCUCGUAGACUUCUGUCCAAUCAGAGUCUCCGCCCGCUCAGUCCAUCUUUGAUAUACAGUCUGUGAACACGAGCAACAUCCUCAGGUAGACAAAAAACAAAGCCUGCAAAUCUGGGGAAUGUCUGAUUUCGUGACCUUUGACCUCACAUAGUAAAACUUGAAUAUUCAGGUUUGACAUGUGAACGUUACGUCCUCGCCGGUCUGCAGGCGCCGUUUUUAUUCCAUCUGAAACACGAAGCCUUGUAACUCCUUUGAUCCCCCGUCCCUGUCACAUGUUUAAAUAAAGUUUUCCCAUACCAACA